AUGGACAACGAAUUCGAGGAGGCAGAUGAGAGAUGGGAGAGUGAACCGACGACAGACUCAUCGAGGGAGUUCGUCGUGGCGAGGCAACACGACUCGAGAGCGCACCGAUACCUCCAUCUCCCCGACGAGAUCAUCAUCCAAAUCGUGGCCCACGUCGCUCAAGGGCCAUGCGCUCAGCAAGCCCUCUUUACUAGCUGUCUGCUAUCACGAGCAUGGUACGAUGCAGCCGUCGAGCCCCUCUACCGCCGCCCCCAACUGUACGGCCCAAAUUUCGACCCCUUCGUGCGCGCCAUUUGUCCGAGCAUCAACCUACACGUGCGCAAGAGUCCGUUGGCGGGGUUGGUGAAGGCGCUCGACAUGUCACGGCUAGUGCACCAGGGCAGCAAAACCGUGACGGCAAGGCUGCUAGGCCGGACGAAAGACGUGCUGGAAGAAUUCAUGGCACCGCGCGCGAGCUUCUCCAUACACUGCUUCCCUGCGUUGGCCAAGUGCUCCAAACUGCGCACGCUCGAUCUGAGUCUCGUUUCGGAGUCGCCACCUCUGCCAGACAUCUUCAAAUCCAUCUCGCGCCUGACCUCGCUCCGGUCAUUGAAACUACCCCGGAGCACAGGUUUCGGCGUACACCAAAAGGCCGCCUCCUUCGACAGCUGCUGGCCCCCGCAACUCGUCGACCUCACCCUCUGCGGCGGCAUCGACGCCCACUUCCUCCACGGCGUCGCCAGCUUCCCAUCCACGCUCCGCAGCCUCACAAUCGAGCAUUGCCCCCUAGCGCGCUCCGCAGCCGUCACACACCUCCUCCGCACCGCCGUCCGGCCACUCCAGAACCUCGAGCGCUUCCAAAUCUCCCACAUGCCGCGCCUAUCUUCGCACGCGCUCGACGACAUCCUCGUCCUUCUCCCGCAAAUCUCACACCUCUCUGUGUCCGUCGACUACCUCUCGCCCUCCGUCUUCGACAGCGCGCGAUACUCCAACGCCUUCUCCAAGGACCCCGACAGCCCUGUCCCGCUCUGCCAACCGCAUCUCCGCACUCUCGAGCUGACUAGCACCGACUACUCGACCAGCAUAUCGGAGGAGAAUCUGGCGCCCAUCGACAUCAUCAUCGCGCUCGACGAGGGUACACUCCCGGGUCUGCGCCGCGUGCGGGUCGCGCGAAGUCUCGGCUGGGACUCUGCAGACGUCGCGCCGGAUACGGAGGCGCUGGGCGAUGCGUUGCAGGAAGGGGCGCGACGCGACUGGGAGCGCAAGGAAUGGGUAUUCGCAGACAUGACCGAGGAGCAAUACUCCAAAGCAGCAGCAUGCUGGGAGUCCGUAAGUGGAGUAUGGGUCUUCGAAAGUGCAUAG